AAAACGAAAUAUAAAACGAAACGAGAAACAAAAAUGAAAGAAAAACAUAGCGAUCAGAAAAAAAUCAACACGUCAAUAAUCUUUUACUGCUUAUGUAAGUCCAGUCACGUACAAAAAAAGCUUGGUUUGUGUUGGCACUAGACUUUUUAAGAGAAAAAUACCCAUUGAUUUCGAGACAUCUAAUGCCCCUCCAUUAAUCCAUAAAGUGUACGCAUAAUGCAGUCAAAAGGAAAGUGAAAAGGGAAGUGAAAAGGAAAAUAGAAUAGACAGAAAAGAAUAAGUAGAAUGGGAGUACAACGAAUAACAGAUAGACAUCUAACAAAUGAAUAAACAAAUAAAACAGAGGAGGAAGAAAGGAGAACAGCAAAUAACAGACAAAUGAACAAAUAAACAGACGAAUAAAGGAGACUAGGCAGCCUGGCACAACACUUUCCUCGCGCCGCCGACGUCGCCGCCGGGGUCGCAGGCGCUCGGUCCUUCCCCAGCAGGAGGAGGCAGGAGGCGAGUGAGCGCAGGGGGGGCAGGAGGAGGGGCAGGAGGAGGAGGGAUUAUGUUCUCGCGGGUGUUCCUUUACAACCGGUCUGUCGCCAUCCCGUGAGGCAACGCGACACGAUGGAGAGGUACGACGAGGACCUGCACGAGAACAGCUUCUUCCAGGCGCUGCGGGGGGAGUACGCGGAGGUGUUCGAGAGGGCGGUGGAGGCGGGCUGGAUCCUGUGCGUGCCGCGGGCGGGGGCGCUGCCCAAGUAUGCCCUGGCCCAGGACGACAUCCUAGGGCACAUCCUGGUCCCGAGCGACGAGCUUCCGGAGACCCACUUCCGGACGCUGACGGACCGCGGCGUCGUGGCCAAGGGCAACCUGCUCACCCUUGAGAACGAGGUGUCUAACCCCCACUCGGUGCACGUCCUGUUCGACGAAGUGUUUUACGAUGAGGAUAUGCGUAAGUACAAAGUCCUGUGCCUGGAGGACCCUCUGUACGCCUCCCACGCCCUAGGGUCGUCCUCCUCCUGUGACCUGGUUAUGCUCUUCUCCCUGAGGGACUGCAUUGAUCUCCUGUGGACAGAAGGGGGGGGCGAGGAGGCCCUCAAGAGGCUGGAUUCGCUCGUCCAGCAGUUCCUGGACAAAAACCCAAAUUUGGAGGAGGAGACGCUGCAGACGCUGCGAGACCUGGUGGGCGAGCUCUUCUCAGAAGCCAUACAGGUCACCCUAUCAGAUCACCGCCUGAAACACAAGACCAAGGAGGAUCAAUACCUCCUGGACUCCAUCAAACUCUCCGUGGAGACGUACCUCUUGCAUGGGAUUUACAAGAAGCUGAUGAAAGGCAUCACGGCUUGCACUGCGGGGGAUGACGCCAGGCUCAACAGAAUAAUCAGGAACCUCUCCGACUUGCAGGUGAGAGACUUGGAUAUUGAUCCCAAGCUCUCGAGCAGCCUUACAAAAUCCAAAUUUGAAAUAGUCAAUAUCGAGGGCUACAGCACGCCCCUUGGAAAGCUCGGAUGCCUCAAGAGGGCCAUAUCUAUUGUCGUGUCGCAGGGAGGUGUCGUGUCGUCUGAUGAGCUGCUUCCCAUACUGAUGUUUCUUGUUGUGAAGAGCAACCUGCCCAACUGGUUUGCUCAUUUGUCUUUCCUUAAGUUAUUUCGGUUCUCGGCAGCUGGAGCUGACAGCGGUGAGCAAAGCUUCAACAUAUCCUCCCUAGAAGCUGCCAUACAGCACAUAAGCUCGGGUGCUUUAUUCGGUAAUACGUCUCCAGAGGCAGACUGCAUGCUCCAGGCCGAGUCGACGGUGAGCCCUGUCCUGAAGAGCAUGGAGGAGGCCUUAGGGUACAACGGGGUGGACCCCACGGCACGGUACUUCGAGUGCAUCCGUCUCGGCAAAGUGGAGGAUGUGAAGGACAUUCUUGACGGGAAGUACAGACCUUUUGAAAGUAGUAUUGAGAAGGAGCCAUGCCUUGUCGAGGCUGAUGCGCAGCUGUGCCAUCCGCUGUGUUCUUGUGAUAAGUGCGAGCGAAUAGUGUCAAAACCCAAGAAAGACCUGAUGCCCACAAUUCACACUAGGGACGAGAGAGGUUACACAGGACUUCAUGUUGCCUGCAUUUUUGGCAGGCCGACAGUGGUGGAAUUGUUAGUGAGUCUUGGUGCAGAUCUAACGGCCACUGAUUUCCGGGGGGCGACUCCCCUUCAUUAUGCUGCGCAGCGAGGCCACCAGAAUGCUCUGUUACUGUUGUUACAUGCUGGUGCUGAUAUGAAUAAGUGUGAUAGUGACUCUAAUACCCCUUUGCAUUUAUGUUCGCUAAAUGGUCAUGUUACGUGUGUUAAGGCGUUACUCUUUUAUGCUGAAUCUAUAGGCUGUGAAAUAGCAAUUAAUGCCCAGAAUAAUGUGCUAGACACCCCACUGCAUUUAGCCAGUAGAUGGGGUUAUUCUGCCAUUGUAGAGUUGCUCCUGGAUCGGAUGCUGAUGCUGGGAUUGAGUCUAAAGGUUCUAAAUAACAGAAAAUUAACCCCUAUUGAGUGUGCACACAAUCUACACAUUGCAAGGAUGAUACUGGAUGCCAAGAUGAAGAAUGACGAGAGAAGACUCCAGGGAUUUGUCAGAGUGGAUACUGAAUGUGCUAGUCCGCCCACCCACGCGUCUCAGACAAGAUCACUUGAUUUCGAGAGAGGUCUCGAAAGUAUGCAGAGAAGGCUCUUUUCUCCAGAUAAUCCAAACGAAGUGAAGCAGGUAGAGAGACUGCUCAAAGUGGUAGCUGUAGGCGAUGUGAAAUUAGCCUGCUUUUACAUGAAUAUUGAGGAAGAAGUAAAUCCUGGUCAGGAAGUGUCUGCUCCAAAAGCCCUCUGUCACCCUCUGUGCCAAUGCUCAGAGUGUGCGCCAAAAUCUCACCACAAUCAGGAAAAUCCCAACUCGUUUAAAGCGACAUCAAUAAACGCCUGCAACAGUGAUGGCUAUACGCCCCUUCACAUAGCAGUAUUGCAUGGUCAUGUCCACAUGGCCAAGGUGCUAGUGGGACAGGGAGCUGACACAAACCUACAAACGCGCAGCAAGAAACUGACAGCUCUGCACAUCGCUGCCCAGAACUGCAAUCUGCCGCUGAUGGAACUGCUAGUGAGUCACGGAGCGCAGGUUGAUUUGAAAGAUAUAUGCGGCAACUCGGCCCUGCACUACUGUAGCUUAAAGGGCUUUACGCAAGGAGUCGCCCUUUUGUUGCAAUGGAAAGCUUCCAAGGACAUCACCAACCUCUCUCACAACACUCCCGCGCAGGAGGCAGAGGAGCGAGGGCACUGGAAUAUCGUUGAAAUGAUUUUCGGCAAAACUGUGCCGAACUAAUGGAACCUUAGACUACACAGUGAAACAAUCCCCACAAAAAUUAUCAUAUUUGGUCCAAUGUUUUCUGGGAAGACAACAGAACUGAUGCGUCGCCUUAAACGUUACCAAAUUGCAAAACACAAUUGUCUUGUUAUCAAAUAUGCCAAGGAUGUGAG